AAUUACUAGUUCCAUUUUCUAUCAACAGUGGCCUUUUGUUUUCUGUUUUCGUGUAAGUUUGCAUGAAAACAAUCUUGCGCUUAAACAUGCGAAAAAAUUUUAUCGGCAUCAAAAUUCCGUUAGUGGAACAACUGAUGUUAUUAUCAGUGUUGCUAUUAACUCAUAUCAAAGAAUUAUGUGCUAAGCUGAGUACAAAAAAUAUAUUUUCUCAAUUUGGCAUGUAAGAUAAGUCCUAAACUCUAAACUAUUUUUGUUUCAAGUGCUAGAGUAGAGGGUCCCUUGCUUUUUCGCAAUAGUUUUUUAAUUUUUAAAUCUAUCCAAGCGAAAAACUUUUCAUGUUGAUUUAUAUUCGCGAAUUGACUUUAAAGCAACUUUCACAAUUUUGCGAUUUUUGGCCAUAUGACGAAAGUACUGAUCGCACACGCAAAGUAUGCUGAAAUUAAUCGUUAACCAACUCUUUAAUUUGAUUGAAAAUCGUGUGGUAUUUCUUAUAGAUAUUUGUAUUUUAUGGUAACACGCUAUUUAAAGAACUCUCCUUGAAUAAUCAACAUAUUGCGAAAGUAAAUUCUCGCAAAAAAAAUUUAAACUAAUCAUGUACGAAAGUAAGAACCUGAUUAUAUUAGGUGUGUUGGCUCGGUGUUGACUCGCCACAUGCUCAGCAUGAUAAAAUUAACAGCUCGGCAUAAUGGCAGAUCACUACAAAAAAAUAUUUGACAUUAUAUGAGGUGAGUCAACCCGCCUAGGCGAGCUGGCUCGUUUUUUCAACCCGGGACGAGUUGGUUAGGUGGGUUGACUCGGUUCAUAUAAUAUCACUUUGCUGAGCCAGGGCCGGGUUGGAAAAGACAAGCAUGCGCAUUGCCAUCCAAAACAGAAGAAAAACAAUAAUGGCGAGCGAAGCAGCAGACAAGAAGUUUAAAUGGAUUUCAGAACUUGUGGAGCAGCUAAUAAAUUCCCUAAAGGAAUACAAAGUCAAUAUGACAUUUAAUAAUAGGGACUUUAAUGCUGAUAAACCUAAGCAGUAUGAGGAAAUUCGCGUAAUGAUGGCUCGAAAGAAUAUAGAGGACGUUGAUCUUUUUGGCCUAGAAAAAACUACAAUAAUAACCAACGAUAUGUGUGAACAGGACAGGAGCAACAUUAUAGCUGCCAUAAAAAUCGAAAAAGGACGAAUUAAAAAGGGGUAUAAUCGUGUUAUGGAGAGGACUAAAAAAAUUAGGCAAGCAUUUUCAAGUGCCGUAUUAAGUGGUUCUAGAAGUGGGUCUGGAAAAUUAAUAGUGGAGUAUGAUGAACUUGUUAGUAUUUAUGGUGGUUCAACUUCCACACAGCCAUUACGCUUUGGUUGUCAAUCUGUAAAUGUGACAAAUUUUGGUUUUAGUACAGAUUCUUCCCAUGACGAGAAUGAGACAAUAUCAACUGGGGGUAUGUCUACCUCCUCAAACACUGAGGAUGUCAAUGAUGAGAAUUUGGAAUGUGAAGUUAUGCAAACUCCAGUUUUGAAUAAAGGAAAGCAAAAGAGACCUCAUGCAAAGGACCCUUUCCAACUAAUUGACGACAAAAGGCAACAUCUGGAAAAAAGUUUGUCUUUGUCUGCCAGACAGCGGGAUUAGUUGUUAUUAAAAGAAAGUAGAGAAGAUACAAUGUUUCUUAAAUAGCUUUGUGAUUCGAGCAAGCAAUCUAAUGAAAUGUUUGCAGAAGCAAUACGUGCAAUGAGUACCUCUUUCAUUGAAGUAGCUGAAAGUAUGAAAAGAUCAGUUGAGGCUUUAUCAAACUCUCCAAGGAGACAAACUUCACAUAAUAUGGUUUACUCACACCUUACUUUUCCAAGUCAAUCUAAUAGUAAUAACAAUGCCCCCAAUAGGCAAAUAGUCAAAGCACACAAUCCAGUACCACAUACUUGGAUUUCCUAGGCAUUACAAACUUAACCAUUUAAUGUUUUGCCAUGUAUAUUUAUUAACAUAAAGUUUUUGUUUUGUUUUUACAUCAUUAAAGCACCACAUUAGUUAAGGUAAAGUAGUGAACUACUAACAUGUAUUAUAUACGUAUAUAGUUAAAGUCCCAAAUUUUGGUAAAUGUGUUUUGUUUUACGAAUAGAGUUUUCUUUGACUUGUAAGAUAUUUCUGCAUACUGGAAUUUCCUUUUUGAAACAACCACAGGAAACUUCAGUUUUAGUGUUUAUUUGAAAUUGCAACUUUUUAAAAACAUAAAACAUGCAUAAACACAAACUUUUAUAUAUCAAUUAUAUAGUUCAGCAACAAGUCACUAUCACUUAGUAUGAGUCCGGCAGGUUUUGAUUGAUAUAUUCAGUCAAUAAUGAUCUGAUCUCGUGUCCUUCAGAAGUAUUGCCUGAGUAUAUUGGGUCUGGAAUGUUUUUGUUUAAGCUUUUAUCAUUUUAAUGUUAGCUGUGACUAGAUCUUCAUCUAUAACUGUUGUAUUCAUUUCACAGAAAUUAUGUAAAGUGAAACAUGUCAUAACAAUCAGUGGUACAAUGUUCAAAUCAAGGUCUAUUUUUUUAAUAAAAUUCCCUAUCGUCCUUUCAGUCUUCCAAAAGCACUCUCCAUAGGAUUACGUGCACAUCUCAGCAUUACAUUCAAAAUAACUUGACUGUUUGUGUUGCACGAUUCAUAUUCUUUCAUGCAGUGUGGUAACAAGGGAUAUGCAGGGUCACCAAUUAAAAAAUUUGGAAUUCUUUCAUAACCAGGUAAAAGGGAGCUGUGAGUUAUUGGCAAGAGAUUUUCCUUCAUGUUUUUGCUGAUCAUUGAAUUGGCAAAAACUUUAGCAUCAUGGCAAGACCAUGGCCAUCUGCAAUCAACAUCCAUGAACAUACCUCUGAAGUCACAAACAGCUUGGACAUUAAGUGAAAAAAACUGCUUAUAAUUAAAAUAAUCUUGACUGCAUUCUCCUGGUGUCUUAAUUGGAAUAUGUGUUCCAUCAAUACAGCCAAAUGCCUGCACCAUUCCAUAUUAUAAUUCAAACUCUGAUGCUUUUUUGUACAUCUCUUCAGAAGUUUCAAAUAGUUUGAUUAAUUUUGGUGUCAGGUGCAUAGUUAUAGUUGAACACACCUCUUUAACCACUUUAGAAACAGUACACUGGUGUAUCCCAAAAGAGUUUGCUGUCAUCCAGAUAGAACUAGUGUCCUUUAGAAAAUAUAAAACGACAGCAACUUUCUUUUCUAAUGAUAAGCUCGGUGGUUAGGUGUAUUGGAUUCAGGUGUGAGAAAGGGUCUUAAUUCAUCGCAAAGUUUAUUAAAAUCUUCCUUAGUCAUACGAAAUUUUUUUUUCCAAUCAAAUGGGUUGUUAUAAAGCUGGUAUGUAUUGAUCCACCACUGGUCGGUUCUCCCUGGCCUAAACCAUACAGAUCUUCGUUUACGUGUAUUUCCCUGUUGGUGUUUCAAAAGUUUUAAGAGUUUCCUUCGUUUUGUUAAAAAAUAUGUCAAUAUGUUCUGUAUCAGGCGAUUUCUUCGAAGCAAUGACAAAAACAGAACACCUUGGAUUUGGAAUGACAAACUAUUGGCGACCAAAAUACUUAAUGAUAAUUUUGACUUAAUUUCGCUUGUUUGUUUACAUCUUGCAUCCGCCAUUUUUUAAAAAAUUACGCGCAUUUUUUUUUUAACCCGGCAGCAUUGUAGGUCUUGACCCGGGUUGACUUUUCCCAUAUAAUAUAAAAUUUUUUCAACCGGGUUGACCCGUCAACCGGGCCAACACCAAACCAACUCGCCUCAUAUAAUCAGGCUCUAAGUUCUCGCGGAAAGGCUUUGAACUGGUCAUAUGUGAAAUUUUUUCCUAGUCGUUAAAAAAAGGCCAUUCGCGAUCACUUUUUUUUUCUUGAAGGUAUUUAUUUAAAUGUGUUUGUUAUGUUUAUAGUGUAUCACAUGAAAGAAACUGGUUGGGUUAAAA